GAACAUACAGAGAAAUAGAGAAAACUUGGGGCUGAUCAGAGACAUAUGAAUGAUUCAUUAUUAAAGUGGGUACAUUUCGGCUUUCUAAUAACAUUGCAUAUAGGCCCCUGGACAUCGUGUGUUUUGAUGGAUUGGCAAAGGUGUCCCACUUUUAUAAGGCACCACUGGCCUAUGUGGCAGAAAUGCACUCCUUAAGAACGGUGUUUGAUGUUUGCAGCAGUCUUGUGCAGACGGUGAUAAUAAAUUCUCCAGCGCGCCACACGGAGGCGUUAAUGGCCCACUUCAUGGCGCACAUACCGAGACGGCAGAAAGUCCGCUGGCGGAGAAACAGUCCGGGUUUGAACUGUUUAUGCCGACGCCAGUCUUAACGCUUUCACUUGGUGCGACUCUGCGCUCAGCCUCUCUCUGAACCUCUUGGAUCGAUGGCCGGGAGUCUGCAGCCUACACAUCUGCUCUACCGGACCUUCUCACAUGAUCUGCGUCUGUUUCCCGAACUGGACUAAAAAAAAAAAAAAUGAAGGCGUGUGCGAUUGUCCUGAUUCUGGCCGUGCACAUUCACGCCGACAGCGUAGAGGGACCCACAGCAGGGUGUACAUUUGAUGAGGACUCUGACCCCAGCUUGUGCGAGUUCAGUCAGGGAGAGGACGAUGAUUUUGAUUGGCAGCUGUUCCGCACCCACACCUUUCCACACGCUACCCCUGAUCUUCUGCUUGGCUCCUACAUGAUAGUAAACUCAUCCCAGCAUGCCGCGGGCCAGAGAGCUCAGCUGCUGCUGCAGACGCUCAGCGAGAAUGACACGCACUGUGUCCAGUUCAGCUAUUUCCUGUACAGCCGGGACGGACACAGCCCCGGGGCGCUGCGAGCAUACGUGCGGGUGAACGGAGGACCGCUGGGCAUGGCAGUGUGGAACGUCUCCGGCUCGCAGGGGCGCCAGUGGUAUCAGGUGGAGCUGGCAGUCAGCACCUUUUGGCCCAACGAAUAUCAGGUGUUGCUGGAGGCGACAGUAGACCGCUGGGGCUAUAUCGCCGUGGACGACAUCUUGCUGCUGAACUAUCCCUGCUAUAAAGCCCCCCACUUCUCUCGUCUGGGGGAUGUGGAGGUCAACGCUGGACAGAAUGCCACCUUCCAGUGUGUAGCAGCUGGAAGAGCAUCAGAGGCAGAGAAGUUUUUACUGGAGCGGCACAAUGGCGAGGUGUCCUCAGGUGCCUCAGUCAAGCACCUGGGCCGCAAUCGUUUUUCAGUGUCCUUCCAGCUGGAGGACGUCCAGAGGCCUGAGCAAGACCUUUACCGCUGUGUUACCCAGUCGUCCAGAGGCUCUGGUGUUUCUAACUUUGCUGAACUCAUUGUUAAAGUGCCUCCUUCUCCCAUUGCUCCACCCCAGCUGCUGAGAGCCGGUUCAACAUACUUGAUCAUCCAGCUUAACACCAACUCCAUCCUGGGUGAUGGCCCCAUCAUUCGCCGAGAGAUCGAGUACAGAGCAAGUCACGCACCUUGGUCUGAGAUCAAUGGCGUGAACAUGCUUACCUACAAGCUCUGGCACCUGGAUCCAGACACAGAGUACCACAUUAGUGUACUGCUCACCCGGCCGGGAGAAGGUGGCACUGGACCCCCUGGACCUCCUCUUAUCAGCAGAACCAAAUGUGCUGAACCUAUGCGAGCACUGCGUGACUUGAGAGCUUCAGAGAUUCAAGCUCGGCAGCUCACUCUGCAGUGGGAACCUCUGGCCUUUAACCUCACACGAUGCUACACCUAUUCCGUCUCGCUGUGCUACCGCUAUGCCAUAGCAGGUGGUACUGGUGGAGCUGGGCACAACACUACCAUUAGAGAGUGCUUAGCAGUGGAGCACAACACCUCACGCUUCACCCUCCGAGACCUGCCACCCUUCCACACCGUAAAUGUGCGCCUUGCCCUUGCCAACACCGAAGGAAAGAAGGAGGGGAAAGAGGUCAUGUUCCAGACAGAGGAAGACAUUCCUGGAGGAAUCGCUCCAGAGUCUCUAACCUUCACCCCGUUGGAUGACAUGGUUUUUCUUAAGUGGGAGGAGCCAGUGGAGCCUAAUGGUAUCAUUACUCAGUAUGAGAUUAGCUACCAGAGCAUUGAAUCCUCUGACCCUGGCAUCAAUGUGCCAGGCCCACGGCGUACUGUAUCCAAGCUGAGGAAUGAAACAUACCACAUGUUCUCUAACCUACAUCCAGGCACCACUUACCUCAUCUCAGUACGGGCACGAACUGCCAAAGGUUUUGGUCAGACAGCUCUCACAGAGAUCACCACCAACAUCUCAGCACCCACCUUUGACUAUGGAGAUAUGCCAGGACCACUGAGUGAGACAGAGAACACUAUAACCGUGUUGCUGCGUCCUGCCCAAGGCCGUGGUGCUCCAGUAAGUACAUAUCAGGUAGUUGUGGAGGAGGAGAGUGGGAGGAAGCUGAAGAGAGAGUUGGGGAUGCAGGAAUGUUUUCCUGUUCCCACCUCUCAUGGAGAGGCGCAGGCACGUGGCGCUCCACACUACUGCACGGCUGAACUGCCACCCAGCAGCCUGCCAGAGACCACACCCUUUACUGUAGGGGACAACCACACCUACAACGGCUACUGGAACAGCCCACUAGACCCCAGGAAAAACUACCUCAUCUACUUCCAGGCCAUGAGCAACUUCCGAGGGGAAACAAGGAUAAACUGCAUCCGAAUUGCCCGUAAAGCGGCCUGUAAGGACCUUCGGCGGCCUCUGGAGGUGACGCAGCACUCGGAGGAGAUGGGGUUGAUUCUCGGAGUCUGUGCAGGGGGGCUGGUGGUCCUUAUUCUGUUACUAGGAGCCAUCAUCAUAAUCAUUAAGAAAGGAAGGGACUACUACUCUUACUCUUACUAUCCUAGGAAGCCAGUGAACAUGAAUAAGACUCCCAUUACGUACAGGCAGGAGAAGAGUCAUAUGAUGGGCUCAAUGGAGCGCAGCUUUGCAGACCAGAGCACCCUGCAGGAGGAUGAGAGAAUGGCUCUGUCCUUUAUGGAUGCGCACACCUGCAGUACCCGGAGUGAUCCACGCAGCUCCAUGAAUGAGUCCAGCAGCCUGCUUGGUGGAUCACCUCGGAGACAUUGCGGCAGUAAAGGUUCUCCAUACCACACAGGACAGCUUCACCCCGCUGUGCGUGUGGCUGACCUACUGCAACACAUCAACCAGAUGAAGACAGCAGAGGGCUACGGAUUUAAACAAGAGUACGAGAGCUUCUUUGAAGGAUGGGAUGUCACAAAGAAGAAGGAUAAAACGAAGGGGAGACACGAUACUAUAAUGGACUAUGAUCGUCACCGUGUGAAGCUGCACCCUCUCCUUGGGGAUCCAAAUUCUGACUACAUCAAUGCCAAUUACGUUGAUAUUCGGAUAAACAGGGAAGGCUACCAUCGAUCCAACCAUUUCAUCGCCACACAGGGGCCCAAGCAGGAGACAGUGUAUGAUUUCUGGAGGAUGGUGUGGCAAGAGAACUGCUUCAGCAUCGUGAUGAUUACUAAACUUGUGGAGGUUAAGUGCUAUAAGUACUGGCCUGAUGACACAGAGAUGUAUGGAGACAUCAAGAUCAGCCUGCUGAAGACAGAAACUCUGGCUGAAUACGCAGUACGCACCUUCUCCUUAGAACGGAGGGGCUACUCAGCCAAGCAUGAGGUGCAGCAGUUCCACUUCAUGUCAUGGCCAGAGCAUGGAGUUCCAUACCAUGCCACUGGCCUGCUGGCGUUCAUCCGCCGGGUCAAAGCCUCUACACCAGCUGAUGCUGGCCCUGUGGUGGUUCACUGCAGUAUGGGAGCUGGCAGGACAGGCUGCUACAUUGUGCUAGAUGUCAUGUUAGACAUGGCGGAAUGUGAGGGAGUGGUGGACAUCUACAACUGUGUAAAAACUCUAUGUUCCCGUCGCAUCAACAUGAUCCAGACAGAGGAACAGUACAUAUUCAUUCAUGAUGCCAUUCUUGAAGCAUGCCUGUGUGGAGAGACAGCUAUACCAGUAAAUGAGUUUGCACUUACGUAUAAGGAAUUGCUAAGGGUUGACUCUCAGAGCAACUCCUCACAGCUCCGUGAAGAGUUCCAGACCCUGAACUCUGUGACACCUCAUUUGGAUGUGGAAGAGUGCAGCAUUGCACUGUUACCACGGAACCGUGAGAAGAAUCGCAGCAUGGAUGUUUUGCCACCAGACCGUGCUCUGGCUUUUCUGGUUACCACAGAGGGCGAGAGUAACAACUACAUCAAUGCUGCUCUCACUGACAGCUUCCAUCGACCAGCAGCCUUCAUAGUGACACCUCAUCCUCUGCCUGGCACAACCACUGACUUCUGGAGGCUUGUGUUUGACUAUGGAUGCACUUCCAUUGUCAUGCUCAACCAGCUCAACCAGUCAAAUUCAGCUUGGCCGUGUGUGCAGUAUUGGCCUGAGCCUGGUCUACAGCAGUAUGGCCCCAUGCAGGUAGAAUUUCUCUCCAUGACUGCUGAUGAAGAUAUCAUCACCCGUGUGUUCCGGGUAAAAAAUGUCUCACGGCUUCAAGAGGGUCAUCUGGUGGUGUGCCAGUUCCAGUUCUUGCGCUGGUCAGCGUAUCGUGAUGUUCCUGACUCCAAGAAGGCCUUCCUUAAUCUGCUGGCCCAUGUUCAAAAGUGGCAAAGAGAAUGUGGUGAUGGCCGCACCGUAGUCCACUGCCUUAACGGAGGUGGGCGUAGUGGCACGUUUUGUGCGUGUACUAUACUGAUGGAGAUGAUCCAGUAUCAGAACAUUGUGGAUGUCUUCUACGCCGCUAAAACACUGCGAAACGCCAAGCCCAACAUGGUGGAGUCACUGGAGCAGUAUCGCUUCUGUUAUGACCUGGUGAUGGAAUAUUUGGAGUGCAUGGACCUCAGAUAGCAACAUAUCUCAACUGUCCUCUAAAUACAGAGGAGGACUGCUGGCAGAUUCACUUUCUCUGUUCUCACUAUCUCUGAGCUCUCUUUCCAUCUCUCUCCCUUUCUCUUUUGUCAACUCGCUCACAUCAAAACUCUUACCUGGGAGGGGAAGAGCAGAAAAUAAACAUGUGAGCAGAAGCUUUCGCCUUUUUGCCCAGAAUGUCUAGAUGUGUUGGACUAUCCAUGUCCUAGUUGUUUGUGGUUUAGUGUUGUUUUGUCAGCAUCUUUUCCCCUCCUCUUCUCCCCUGAGCUGUGAGAAAUCAACUCAAAAUAACUCAAAGCCAGCUCUGAUACCAAGUGCAAGCGUGUCUUGACUUCAUUUCCUGAGAGUGUGACCUGUGUUUUGUUUUGUAUUGUGCUGGGAAUGCUCAAAGACAGGAAGUGGCUCGAGCUGUAUGGACUGAGGAAACGAAAGAGCAGUUGCUUGGAUAUGUUCUUCUUAUGUGCAGUACACUAGAGUCGGACAUCUGAGACUUGGUCUGUAAGAUCAAGAAGCCAAACACGUUCACACACACACACACACACACACACACACACACACACACACACACAUGCUCAGACCCUCUCUCUCUUACCUGAAAAUUGAAUCUGCAGCCAGCUCUUCAUUAAUUUAGUUGACAGACAUCCAUUUUGUAAUAAGGUGUCUGGACUACAAUAUACAAUCCUAGUAUUGUAUAUGGUCGGACCAUCUACAAUUGGACCAAUAAGAUCGCACCGUAUUGGUCUAUGAGUACACAAAGACGGAGUCCGUUAUUUCCUACAACAGAAAAGUCAAUGCCACUGACUCAAAAGAGAGCUGUCAUGAAUUUGAUGGCUUUAAUAUCCUGCACUGGCUCGAUUUUUCUUUUUUCAAUUGUACAUAGAUUUUACAUCUGCAGAUGUUCUGUGUGAGGUCUAAGGAGCCAAUCAAUCUUAUGUAUGCAGAGGGAGUGUGUUAAUGGCCAGUGUCAUCAGACAAAAGGUGGUUUACAGGUUGACCCUGACAUUUGCCCUCCAGUAAUUGAACAAGAGCACUAAUGGAGAUUCACAGUUACAUUCUGCAGAGUCUGCAACAAUGUCAAAUCUAAACUGGAGACAAAUGGAUGGAAUGAUGGGAAGCCAAACAGUGUCGAAUCCUAAACAUUUACCUUAAUUCUGACUUGUACUUGUCAACUGGUUACAGUUUAGGAGUGGACCUUUUGUUAAAUGUAGCUAUCCAAGUGUUUAAUUGAUGCAGCAUCCUGGACUUUUAUUUGCAGUUUUAGAAAUUGACCCACUUCACCCUGGUCACUGACAUCACCCUACAUCCAUAAACAUGUACAUGAAAUUCCUACAAUGACAUGUUACUUUUCUCAUCUAAUCAGUCAGAAUGCAAAUAUUCAUAUAAUAUAAUUCAUAUAAUAUUUGUAAUAUGCAAUAUUUCCAAAUGAUUUUUUCCUAAAGUUUAAUGCAGUCAAUAAAAUAAAGAUUUGUUAUUCAUCAAUAUAUCGUUUAUUCAUAUAGUAAUGAUUGGAGAGAGCAUAACUUAUGUAAUCAUUAGCCAAUCACUAUGCACAAACAUUGCUUGUUUCAUUCUAGGAAUAGUACCACCGUGUUAAAGCCAAAUUAAUUAGACUCAUGCUGGGUCAGUGUAUUUUAGGAAGGUCAGUUAAAAAAAAAAAUUUGACCAGGUACCAGCUGCCAGACAAAGGACAAAACUGCUAUACCAUCCUGUACAUCUUAGCUAGCUGAUAAGUUAUUUCAGCUUCUUUAAUUAUUGCUAAAUAAAUGUAGUUAACCAGUAAAUAUGUCUAAUUAUUGAGUAAUUUGCCUAAAAGUACAAAGCAAUAAUGCAUUGCUCAGUAUGUGGUGGCUCAACUGUUUCCUUCCUAACAGCACUUACCAGCUGGCAGAGACUGUCCCAGUUUGACCAGCUUGAUUCUGUGUUUUGGUAACCGGUUGGAAUUAGCCAAAUUUUUCUUCAGGAAUGAGAGAGAAUAAAAAUUAUCCUUUUUUUUUUUUUUUUUACUGAUACUGCUUUAUUAAUAAUGUUGUAUUUAAACAAGUUGUACUUUGAUUGUUGUUUAUGCUAAAUCAGGUAACGCAGGAAAAUGAUGUAGGUAGAGUAUUUAAAUGUGCAUAAUUGAAGUUUUGCAGUGCAUUAUUAAUCACUGCUUAAUGCCCCAGCAUUAAUAAAGCACUGAAUUAAUGUGCUGUCACUCUGAUUGUGUGCAAACUGCAGAGCCAGAGCUGAAGUCGAAUUUAUCUGAACUGAAUAGUUUGGCCACUGCUGGUCGCUGUAUGCAGUCUAAUGCUGUGUUUUAAUUAUAUAAUACUUCAUAUAUGUACAUGCUUUGUUCAGCAGCUCAGUUUUAUCCAUUCACAUAUGGAUGGAGAGCUUGUUAUUAAUCUUUCAGCAUUUGGUCAUGUCAUUUUGAAUUGGCUUGUAAACAUUUGAGAUUAUGAAUUAAAAUCUUAAAUUUCUAUUGGCAGAUUGCGCUCCUGGGGUGAUCUAGACACUGCCAGAUUUGAUCCAGAUCAGUAGGACAGUCAACACACAUUGAUUGGUUUGGACAGUUGUAAGUUGUAAAGAGCAGUAAAUGUUGCGUGAGGUAAAUACUGAAUAUUUGUUUGAUUAAAGAUGCUGGAUAAUAAAUGAACAUAUACUUUGA